UUGAACUUACGCAUUUACUCGGCAGCCGUUGCGAAGACAACACUGAUUCAUGUCUUUAUAAUUCGGAACGUUAGUCGCGAUGCGUUUGCCGAUACUUCUGCUCCUUGUCGCGACCGCGGCGUCCGCAUCAGACCUCGACUGGUGGAAGACCGCGCUGAUAUACCAGAUAUACCCGCGCUCUUUCAAGGACAGCAACGGAGAUGGUACUGGCGAUCUGAAUGGUAUAACUGAGAAGCUGCCAUACCUGCAUGACACCGGCAUCGACGCGAUAUGGCUUUCCCCAAUAUACAGAUCCCCCAACUAUGACUCUGGCUACGACAUCACUGACUACCGCUCAAUACAAGAAGAGUACGGAACUAUGGAGGACUUCGAGAGACUUCUCAACGUCUCCAGAAGUUUGGGCAUCCGCGUGGUUCUGGACUUCGUUCCCAACCACACGGGCAACGAGAGUGAGUGGUUCAACAGGUCCAUAGCUGGUGAGGCCCCCUACAAUGAGUACUACGUGUGGGCGGACGGGCUCAACGCCACUUACGACAACGGCACCGUCUACACCAAGCCGCCUAGCAACUGGAUAAGCAAUUUUCGAAAAAGCGCCUGGGAGUUUAACGAGGUUCGAGGCCAGUACUACUUGCAUCAAUUUGUCAUAGGGCAGCCAGAUCUUAACUACCGGAGUAACUAUGUGCAAGAAGCUAUGAAGAAUGUGCUGCGUUUCUGGUUGGACAAGGGAGUAUCUGGUUUCCGUGUUGACGCUGUGAACAAGCUGUAUGAAGCUGAUCCCAAUAACUACGGCGGUGUAUAUCCCGACGAACCUUUAUCAGGAGCCGCCAACGCCGGGCCGGACGACUACGAAUACCUUUCGCACAUCUACACCGAAAACUUAUUGGAGACUUACGACGUCGUCUACAGCUGGAGGGACGUUCUUGACGAGUACAUUACAUCACAAGGGGAAUACAAAAUCAUGAUGACAGAAGCCUACGCGGCCUUGCAGCUUAUGAUCAGAUACUACGGCACUUCGACCAGGAACGGUUCCAUACCGUUCAACUUCAGCUUCCUCGGCGACAUCAAUAAGAACUCAACUGCGUGGGAGAUAAAGACUGUUAUAGAUAGGUGGAUGACUUAUAUGCCUAGUGGAAGAGUGGCGAACUGGGUGAUCGGCAAUCACGAUCAGAGUCGCGUGGCGAAUCGCCAAGGAGUGGAUCGAAUAGAUGCUAUGAACAUGUUGGCACUCAUCUUGCCUGGAGUCACUAUCACAUAUCAGGGCGAAGAAAUCGGUAUGGAAGACGGUUAUGUGAGCUGGAACGACACACAGGACCCCCAGGCUUGCAACACCGAUGACCCCAUAAACUACUACCUGCACUCCCGUGACCCCAACCGCACCCCGUAUCAGUGGGACAGCACCGCUCACGCGGGAUUCUCCAACACCACGGGGUCAACUUGGCUGCCGGUCGCAGACAACUACUUAACUUUAAACUUGGCUGCACAGAUUGCUAACCCAAAGAGCCAUUACCAUUUCUACAAAGAUGUAGUGACCAAUAGAAAGUCGCCAGCUAUACAGGAAGGAGAUUUGGACACUAGAGCUUUGUCGGAGUCUAUUUUAGUUGUGACCAGAUUGUUACCUGGUGAGGCUGGUAUGCUGGGUGUAGUUAACCUGGCAUCGGAAGCUCAAACCAUAGAUCUUACAUCGCUCAGGCUGCUACCUUCAGAUUUGGAAGUUGUGGCAUCUGGUGUAAACUGUGCCCUCGAAAAGAAUGCCACUCUAACAAAGUCUAGUAUACCAGUGUCUGGACACUGCGCGCUUCUCUUCCGAAGCGGGGUCGUGAGCUACGGCGGCGCCGCUAGCACUCACUACCUGUCCUACCCUCUGAUAUUACUCGCUCUAGCUUCUUACACAAUUAUUAGAACAAAUUUCAGUUAAAAAAUGAUAAUAAAUAACAUACUCGGACGGUAAUAUUUUGUGAGAUUUCUAAUCUUAUUUAUUAAGGCACAUUAUUUACAUGAAAAUAAAUUAAAAAGUAUAUAAAAGUUUAUCUAAACUUAUAGACUCCAUCUGUGUAUUUUAAAUGUCUCUCUCACAAAAUGUUAUUUAGUCAAAUUAUGGGUCUUAAAUUUGUAUAGUGGAUUGUUGAGGGGUGAGCUUUGGUAACUUAGCCUUUCAAGCUACUCUCAAGAAUCCACCCUGCAUACUGUUCCUAUUUGUAAAAUAUAUAAAAUACAUUCAGAAAUAAAUAUUUUUCAAAUAAAUAAUUACUAGUUUUAAUUUUUAAACUGAAAUUGUACCAGUUGCCUCUUGUUCUUGUUAAGUUACUUCUUGGAUGAUAUAAACCUAUAGGUAAUAAAAAUAUACUUAAUACCCA